ACUUGAGAGAGGACUAAGCCACAGACAGGGGUGCAGCCACCGGAAACUUGGAUCCCCCUCUCCCUCUCCCUCUCUCUUGCACACAGAACCAGCACUUCCCUAUAGGCAACCAGCAUCAUGGUCGUGGCGCUUGACGUGUUCCAGGCCUGUGCUCAACACUGUGAUUGUUCGUGCAUGUAGUCCCCGGGCCGACCCUGUGGGGUUGGUCCUCUUACCAUGCCUAUUUCACAGAUGGGGAAACUGAGGCACAGACAGGUUAAGCAACUUACCCCAGUCGCACAGCAAUACUAAUAAUAACAAUUGUAACUAAAUUUUUAUGGAGAAGCUACCGUGAACCAGGCGCCCCCAUCCUGCAGGAGCCUGUCGCAUCCUGAUAACCCGCUGAGGUCACCCAGCGAAGCAGGCCUGUGAGCUCAAUCUCCACUGCAUUCGUUCAUGCAGGAGCAGUGUUGAAGGGGCCGGCUCUUUGUGUCCCUGCCACACAGGGUUCCAGGAGCUGGGGAUACAGCCGAAGGCAAGAAGCGAGGCCGCUGCCCAUGGCCAGGACAAUGCAGACUCCGCUGACCAUUCCUGUACCUGUGCUCCGGCUUCCCCGCGGCCCGGAUGGCUUGAGCCGUGGCUUUGCCCCAGAUGGACGCAGGGCCCCCCUGAUGCCAGAGGGUCCCGAAGCCCCGGGGUCUGCCGUAGUUCGAGACUCUCGGGAAUCCCAGGAACAGCAGGCACGAGCUGCACUCCGGGAACGCUACCUCCGCAGCCUGCUGGCCAUGGUGGGUCACCAGGUGAGCUUCACACUGCACGAGGGCGUGCACGUGACUGCCCACUUCGGAGCCACCGACCUGGACGUGGCCAACUUCUACGUGUCGCAGCUGCAGACGCCCAUUGGUGUGCAGGCUGAGGCACUGCUGCGGUGUAGUGACAUUAUUGCGUACAGCUUCAAGCCCUAAACACGUUACUAUGGUCAUCUUUCUGCUUUGGGCCUCGGCCUGGGGCCCCAGCCCUCCACACAUGGUCGUGGGCCCCAGAGAGUUUGGAAUGCCCUUGGAAUUUUGAGCCGGGCUCCAAGCACCUCUGGCUUCCUGGGACCUCCAGGGUGCAGUCAGUAAGAUUCUACAACCCCAGGAGUUCUAGAGCCCCUUGAAAUGAAGGCUCUACCUCACAGAACUAUAAACUCUAAAAACAGGGCCACUUGCCAGUUCCUGAAGACUGGGGGUUGGGGGUGGAAGGCAAAUCGCAGAGUAGGAAAUUGUUUCUUGAAAUUGCAAAGGUCAGCCACCCUGAAGAUACUCUCCUCCUACUAAAGAACCAAUUAUCCCAGGAAAA